AAACUUCGUGUCGGGACUUUAAGCUGGAGAAGGACGCAGGACGGAUCUGUGGUUAUUACGAGACAUUAAACAUAAGCAGAGAGGAGCAGCAGGUAUUGAUCAGCACAGUGGACGCUGGUUUGACCGGUUUGAGAGAACACAGUCAGCGUUGACCUGCAACAUACCUGUCCUGGAUCAAGAUGACUCACAUGAAAAGGUUUCGAGGUAUUCCCAUGUCAAAGUCAAUGAGAGGUUUGUGUAAAGAGGAGGACUAUGAGUUUCUGGGAACGUCAGAGAAGACGACAAAAUUAACAGCGGAAGGAGCCGGAGCUUCGGAGGACGACUGGAGAGACAAAAGGGAGGAUAGGAUCCGCAGGCGACUGGAGAGGGAGCGGCUAGAAAAAGAGAGACUCCAGGAAAUAGAAGAAAACAAGAAGGAGAAAGAGCAGCAGUGGCGGACUCAUGUGGAAACGCUGACCUCCAGCCAGGAGAAGACUCUGCAAGACAGACUGGCAAGACUCAGGAGAUUCAGGGAGUUCCAGAGAAAGGUGCUGGUGGAGGAGUCAGGGAUGGAGGGCGGGGGGGCCAGCCUCACAGUCAACCAGCUCCUCAACAGGAUGUAGAUGCACCAUAUGAGAGACUGACUCAUGAUGCUUUUUGUUGCACUUUAACAUCAAUAAAUGAUCACUGUGUCAACUGAGACAUUAGUGUGAUCGAUGGAUGCGAUGAUGAUGAUGAUGGAAUGAAGGUUUGUUUUUAGAUGAGCCAGCAGCUACAGGAGCUGCAGCGUGAGGAAUUUCCACAUCAUCUUUAAUGCUUUAAAACAUAUGUCACAGCUGUGGUCCAGUCAAUAGCCAAAUAGCGAUGGAAAUGAAAUUCAGAUUGCAAUAUCAAA